CCAUCCAUAGUAGAUUUUCAGUUAGUUUUUCCAAAGUUUAAUUCAUGCCCUUGAAGCUAAGCAUCUAAAAUAAUACUAUAAAAAAUAUAUUUUUUGCAAAUAUGUAGUAGUCUGCGGUAUGAUUUUGACAUUUCAUUCACUCGUAGUUCUGUUUGUUCUGUGACUGACAGUCGAGAAAUAAGCCAAUUUGUGAUGAAAUUGUUUGAUGUGAAUACUUAGUUUUUCGGCUAAAUUUAAGUCUGAAGAACAUGGAAGCUGUACCAAAAUUACCUAUGCUCAAUUUUGAGCUGAAGUCGAGUCCCGAAAGUACUCAUUUCGGCCCUAAACUGAAACAGUAUAUAGCUGAAGUUUAUCGAGAGGAUCCAGACAGUUACAGCAAUGAGAUGCAUCAGCUUGAAGGGCUACGGUCAGCAGCCGUGAGGCCCACUAGUGACGCGGCGGGUCUUAGCGCUAUGAACAGAUAUUAUUGCCAGCUACGUGCGAUCCAAAGCCGUUUUCCAAUGGCUAAAGGACAACCUGCCGCUUGUACUUUUGUCUGGAAGGACAUCUAUGCCAGCAUAAACUGUUCACUUGCAGACUUGCGUUUUGAAAUGGCAAGCAUUUUAUACAAUAUUGGUGUCCUCCUUACACAACUAGCGGCAUCAGAGCCCCGUACAACUGCAGACAGCCUCAAGACAGCAUGCACUAGGUACCAGAAUGCUGCUUGGGCAUUCCAGUAUGUCCGAGAACAAUAUCCACAGCCUCAGGGGUCAGAUCUGUCCUCAGAUAUCAUGAGGAUGUUCCAGGAAAUAUGCUUUGCCCAGGCCCAGGAAUGUAUUCUUGAUAAAAGUAUUCAGGAUACUAAAAAACCCAGUGUAGUUGGUGCUGUUGCUACCCAGGUUUUAUUUUUCUACCGAAACUCCCUGUCACUCCUUGGGCCUUCAGCUGGCAGUGACAAUAUACAUGAAAUCAUUGGCACAAAACAAUACAACUAUUGGUAUCGCUACCUAUCAUUCAAGUUGGGAUACAUUGGCUCCAUUGUAUGUUUAUAUCAAGGCAUGCAUGCUGAAGAGCAACAGAAGAUGGGUGAGCGAGUCGCAUUCUACCAACAAGCCGUGGAUAAAUUAAACGAAGCCAGGAAGUACGCCAAGUACAUAGAGCCCACCCAAAUCACCCAGGAGGCAUUGACCUUCACCAAUGACGUGGUUGAAGGUAAACGGAAAGCUGCCAAGAAUGAGAAUGAAUUUAUCUACCAUGAAGAGGUGCCAGACAAGGAUCUGUUGAGUGAAUUGAAACCUGUGUGCUUGGUUAAAGCUUUGGCGAUUAACCACAAUGAUCCCGAUAUCUCGGGCCCGGACAUAUUCUCCCGGCUGGUCCCGAUGGGGGCUCACGAGGCCUCCUCCAUGUACUCCGAAGAGAAGGCCAAGCUGUUGCGGCGCGUGGUGGGGCAGGUGGACGCCAAGAACACGGAGCUGAUGGAGUUCAUGUCCUCGCUGCAGCUCGACCAGUUGGAAGUCAUCCAGAAUGAGCAAAAGAUACCUCAAGAAAUAGUAGACAGAUGCGCAGCAAUGAACGCGAAGCAGGAGGUCAUACAGACCCUUGUGGACUCCAUGAACAGUUUGGCUGAAACAAUUAGCGGGGUGGAGCAUAUGCUAGCCGAGAUCAAGGCGCUCAUACAGGAGGAUACGAAAAAAGAGAAGGAGUUCCAACAAGUGAUGGGCCCCCGCCCCCCGUCCCUCGUGCAGACAGAGUACACGAGGGAGUACCACAAGUACCAGGAGGCGCAUGCGCGGACUACCGAGAGUAACCAGGUGCUACAUAAAGCUAUGACGCUUCAUAUCGCGAAUCUGAGGCUGUUGUCCCAACCUCUAGAAGCACUGCAAGCUAAGAUUCCCAGCGUUGAAAACAUCGAGGGACUAGACAGAGAGACUAUGUUAGAAAUGCGUCGGGUCGUCGGCAAAGCUCGAGAGAUGCAAACCCAAAGGGAUUCCCUAGUGCAGCAGCUCAGAGAAGCCGUCACGUCAGAUGAUAUCACUGCACAGUUGUUGGCCAGGAGCUCCGAACCAACUGACGAGAUAUUCAAGCAGGAGAUUGAGAAACACACGCCUAAGGUUAAAAUAAUUGAACAAAACCUAGCCGCCCAGGAAAACAUAAUAAACAGACUGACGUCCCUCUACGCGAGUUACGGUGAAUCCAGACGAUUGCUGACUGAAGUUCUGAGGAAAAGAGAGGGACUGAUCAAUGCGCUUAUAACAUCUUACGAUACGUACGAAGAACUACUCGGAAAGUCUCAAAAGGGGCAAGAGUUUUACAAGAAGUUGUCUCACAACAUGAGCACCACCCUGAAUAGGUUGAGAGGAAUCUGCCAAGUGCAAGACGAAGAGAGAACGGUGCUGUUGGCCAAGCAGUCUUCUAAAGCUCCGACUUCCGUGCCCACCACAUCCGCGGCUCCCUCCACAAAGAUAUCGGAGUCACCGCCGCCAACCACAGGGUCACGGAAGCUGAAGGAUUAUCUUCCAUAUAUGAAGAACAGGGCGCUCGCUGCCAGGAUACCUGCAGCACAAAUCGAACCCGUUGUGCCAGAUACUUACUAUCCAGAGUCUAUUUACCCGACUUCAGUGAGGCCUGCGCCACUUGGAUCUGAAGCUUCGGAUGUAGCCCAAAUGCCCGAUGGCGUGGUACCAGGAGCCCAAAACCCAAAUCCUUAUAUAAGAUACAACUCACCGUACGCGCCAAGCGAACCUGACUCUUAUGCCCCUACCACCAGCUAUGGAUACAUGAAAAAUUCGUAUGAAAAGCCCGAAGAACAACAAUUCAACUAUAGCACAUCCUACACUCCAUCGCAGUACGCCAGUCCAGUUGGCGAUCCACAAAUUUAUUCUAACCCCUAUUAUUCCGCCACUCAAAACAAUAGCACAAUCGUCACAGACUCCCAAAACCCUGUAUCCUACGGCAACGCCGGCCAAGCCAAUAUGGCACCUACUACAUCGCAAUACGGCACAUAUACUGAUCCGUAUAAUCCGGUCAAUCAAAUGGCCACGAUUCCCGAGAACCCAUCUGUGUCGCAGCAGUACACGCCACAAAACCAGGAAUUUAACACCAACUUCGCUCAGAUGCACGUGUCCGCUCCGAAAGAACCGGGUAAUUACGGACAGGAUUAUUCUGAGACGUUCUACAGCGUUCAAUAUCCGCAAAAUGCGACACAAAAUAUGACCACUUACAGUCAUGCACCGCAAAACUAUAACACGAAUAUGACGAAGUCGCAAAUCCCUAAUGAAUACAACUCCCUGAAUUACCCAUACAGUACUGAUCCUCAGUGCAUGCAACAGCCUAACGCUGGCACCUCAACUGCUUACAGCAGCACAGACUUUUCGAACUUUGGUCAUAUGUCUCAAGCUUACUCUAUUUAUGCAAAUCCCGAAAGUAUAGUCACAUCAACUACUAGUGUUAUGAAUAACCCUAUGGUCAAUCACUCCGUUAAUCCAAAUUUAGCGGUUACACCAAUAAAUGCAGGUAACGCCGUAAAUAUGGCUAAUAACUUUAACAUGGCCAAUCCUGCUGGUGUGGCUGACCCGGCCGGCUUAGUUCCCCAAAAUGUCACAAAUAUCCCAGUUGGUAUUCCCAAUAAUCCAGAAAUUUUGCCAAAUCCAGCUGCUAUGGUGCCACCAUAUAAUGUUGUACCUGGACAAGAUGCCAAUUACUUAGAUCCCGCAAUUUUAUCCCAAUUAGAUGCUUACGACAAGCCCAUAAAGUCCCACGUGACUGGCGAAGCCUUAUCUUCUACUACAAUCCCAUUCCAUUCAAACUUUCAAACAUAUCCCACUACAACGUCGACAUACACCCCGACUGAACAAAAUACGCAACCAAAUAACACGUACCAGUUCACUGACCAAUCCGCAAACUAUGCUCAGACCUUCCAAAACCAUCCGGGUUAUAACUAUAACCCGGCAACUGGAACAUACGAUUACAACUAUGGAUCUCAAAAUUCGUACACCGGGUACACGAAUCAAGGCCAAAGCAAUGUGAAUCCUCAGGCUAUGACGGAAGGUGCAAAUUGGGCUGCUCAAGGAGUUUACACGAGUGCUGGUGCUGGUGCUUGCGAUACAGUACAGUCGCCCUCAGAAGCGCCUCAAGUGGUACCACAACAGGUAGAACAAGGCGAUCAGAUGUAUUAUAAUACCCCUUACGGAUAUCAGACUAAUACUACAAUGCAGCCAAAUGAAGUAGUAACGCAAGCAGAACCGGUGUCGACAAAUUAUGGUGCCAAUAUGAAUCAGUCGACUUAUAUGCAGUCAGGGCAAGCGCAAGAUACGAAUGUCACGUUUACUAACAACCAAGUGACGACGCCAAAGGAAGAGAUGGCACAGCCAAAUUUUGAGCAAAAUACAGCACCAGUGACUGAAAGUGUGCCUGAAACGCCUAAAGUUGAAAAGGAAGAAGAAAAAAAUGACGAAUCAGUAUUCGAUCUCCUAUCAGACAUAGACUUUACAGUGGAAUAUAAACCUUUACAACCGGAGAUUAAAGUUCCACAGAUCAGUGAGAGCGCAAUAAAAAAGCAAGCGGUUGUGCCCAAAACAGCGGUGGUACCUAAACCAGUGCCUAAAGAAGAGGUUAUAGAAAGACCAGCGAAAAGGGACAUUUUUUCAGAUCCUAGUUUGUUGAAUAAGUUUACACAGGGUGUGAAGAAUUUGCAAAUGUUGGUGGACUCCUUGACCAAUGUCACGCAAGGGGGUUUGACCGUGUUGGAUUCAAAAUGGAAGAUGUUCCAAGAUGUACAGAGCAAAGAGAACAUGACGAGAUCGAAGACUAUAGCAAUGGAGCACUGUGGCGGCAACAUCGUGACGGAAGUAGUGCCUUACGAUGAUUCUAGACUGAUCUUGAAAUCCGACUCCGAAGCUUAUAUCAAUGCUUCUUAUUAUAAGCAAUUGACGCCUUGGUGUAUUCCUUUAGUGGUAUCAAAUUCACCUUCGGAAGAAGAAAAUGGAACUUUCUGGAAAGCGGUGCUAGAGUACAAGAUCAAAUGUAUAGUCUGUUUGCAAACUGAAAUCGAAAUGCAAGGAAUAUCCUACUGGCCCACCGCCAAAGGCCAGUCCAUGAAGUUCCGUGGACUGAAGGUGACAUUGGACGAUGUGACGACCACUGUGCACUGGACCGAGAGGAAACUAAGUAUUGCGAGUGGGAACACUGUGUUGCCAGUAUCGCAUUAUCAGAUCAACGGGUUGUCUGCCAAAAUCGUGUGCUCGCCUCUAGUCCUCCUAGCAGACAAGGUGCUCAGUGAGACAUACACCGGGCGGCUCAGCAACCAGCUGCGCGGCGCGUGGCUGCAAGGCCGCGGGGGGCGCAGCGCCCUGCUGUGCGCGGUGCUCAGCUUGCUGGCUGAGGUGCGCGCCGGCGGCACCGGCCUCACAGAAUUACUGGACGAAGCUCUAAGGAACCUGUGCAAGCACAGGAGUAACGUGCUGGAAGAUACCAAGUACGUGGCGGACGCGUACAGAACGGCUCUGUUCUACGUACAAGGCGUGCUUUGCUCCGGUACCACCACGUUCAACGGCGAGGCUGUGUCCGUCCCGUCCGGAGCCGCAGUCCUCCCCCCCGUCACCCCCAACCCCCCCACCACGACAUCUACCGGCCAACGCGGCAAAUUCUCCCGGGAAUCUUUCGAGGAGAUGAAACAGUCUCCAGGACUCAAAAGCGGGGACAUGAAAGACCCACUCAACUUUUUAGAUCCCCUGUGGAGCUUGAAGAAGAAAUGAGCAACGUGUUUUAUAUUGGAUUUUGUAAAUUUAUAAGUAUUAUUGUUAUAGUGUAGUCUAUCUUGGUCUAUUUUAUCCUGAUAACACUAUUUACUGUAGCAGAAAAUUUGAGUCAUAUUCUCUUCGUGGUCGUAUUCCUCAUGGCUGAGGGUCGUGGUUAUUACGUGGAAUGAAACACAACAACUUUCUUAGCAUUAUUAAUGGAAUGGUUUGCCAUUGCCUUCUCCAUUUCACACACAAGUUAAUCAACCAGUGUGCAGGUUUCCUCACGAUGUUUUCCUUUACCGGAAGUAAGUCGUGGUCGAUGAAAACUACUAUACUAGAUCUCCUCACUAUGCUUUCCUUCCGGAAGCAUGAGUCAGAUUGGUAUACAAACUCAUGUGGCACGAGUAGGAUUCGAACCUGGGACCUUUCGAUCCACAGGCGGGCGUCUUAACCAUUACACCACCACCGCUUCUUAUUAAUCAUGAAUUAUAAAGCUCACAAAAUAAUGAAAAAAAAAAGCAAGAGCGAACAGAAAUAAAACAUUUGUGAUAAUUUUAACAAUAUGACGAGUAUGUAUAAGUAUUAUUUUCGAUUAUAGUGGCAAAGUGUUUGAAUUUGCAAUUUUUUUUCCAAGUUUAAAAAUAUAAAACUUGAGAGUACCAUUGAGCCACUGAUUAUGUAACGCUUAUAUAGAAUAACUUGUUAUAGUAUUACAAAAAUUCUGACGUUUGUCCUUUUUCUGUUCGCGCUGGGGUUUUAGAUAAUUAAUAAUUGGAGUUUUUGAUAGGUUAUUGAUAUAUAUUGUGAUAUAUAUAUUUUAUUACCGAUACGAAGAAGAAAAUGCUGCAUCGGUAGCUGUUUUUGAGUUUAUCGCCGACGUAAUGAUAGCAAUACAAUGAAAACCAAUCACACUCAGUGCAUUUUUAACUUUUGUGAUAAUCUAAAGUAUUCCACCAUUUUUCAAUUCCUAACAAAAUUGUAUGGUUUUUUUACAUGCCUAAUUAUGCAUUUAAUUAUAAUUUAUUUUUAUUGUAAUGACUAUUAGGAGGAGAUAAUAUUGAUUGGUGGAUUUAAUAUAAUUUAGAUUUAAAAAAAUAUUAUUCAUAAUUAUUUUAUGCGUAUAAGGUUUUAUAAUUCUUAUGACAUAUAUAUAGAUCUCAGACUUCUACGGAAUAAAUAUGGUUUUCAAACAUAUUUUAAAAUGUGGUAAAUUGCAAUCACAUAUUAUAUGUAUAGUUUGCCCAAUAGGAUCGCAGCUUUGAUAGGACUUUUGGUUUUAACGGAAAUUGCAUUAUUUGACAUAUAAGAGGCUUGAGAUAAUUAAAAUUGAAAUGAAUAAAUCGAUUUUAAUAUUUGGGAAUUGUGACUGAGUGGUAUUGUUAACGACCGUUUUGUAUUAAAAUAAUCGUUAUUAUAAAUUAGGAUAGUUACAUUCCGAUAUUUUCAUGUUACUUGAAUCAUUUAUUUCUGUAAUUCUAUUUUAUGUUAUUUGUAAAACUUGAUAGAAUACAAAAUAGAUUAAAACUGAAGUAUUAGCAUUUUGGGUAACAAAAUUUUUAGUUAUACAGUAGCUGUUGAUAUUUAUUAGUGUACUCAAUAAAGUAAAUUCGACUGAA